CUUUAUCCUCAUUCGCUGGUUAAUCCACAGUCUCUAUCUAUCGUCAGCUUCCGCUAACCCCCCACCACCACCACCACCAUCAACAACAAUGACCACAACAAAGAAUUGAAACGUUUUAUGAGAACACAUACCCAUCACAAAUCUAAUCAUUUCUGUGUAUAUUUGGUGACCUGUGUCUUGUUCUGGUGCGUGCAUUUGUUAUCCUUGACAGCUUUCGGUCUUCUUGCUUCCUCAUGCCAUACUCUACAUGAAUCUGCUUCUUAUUCUUGUUUUUGGAUUAUUAUUGGAGAAAUGAGAUCUUCAGUUGAAGAGAUUAUAGUUAAAUAUGCGAACUCUUUGUGAUGCCUGUGAGAGUGCUGCCGCUAUUGUCUUCUGCGCCGCCGAUGAGGCUGCUCUCUGCCAUGCUUGCGACGAGAAGGUUCACAAGUGUAACAAGCUUGCUAGCCGGCACGUGAGAGUUGGUCUGGCAAACCCCAGUGAUGUUCCCCGUUGUGAUAUAUGUGAAAAUGCACCUGCUUUCUUCUACUGUGAGGUAGAUGGAAGUUCUCUUUGUUUGCAAUGUGAUGUGACUGUUCAUGUUGGAGGUAAAAGAACUCAUGGGAGGUAUCUUUUAUUCAGACAACAAGUUGAGUUUCCAAAGGAUGCAGCUGAGCCAUCAACUUCACAUGCUAUAAUAAUGAAUCAAGAUGAGAACAAAAAAGGACAAAAUCAACAAAAUCAUGUGACGCCAUCUGAAGCUAAAUCUGAUGGGCAUGCCAGGAUGGAGAAUAAAAUGAUCGAUCUGAAUAUGAAGCCUACAGCAGUUCGAGUUCACGAACAAGCUCCAAAUGAUCAGGUUGAUUGAAAAGUUAAAUUCGAAUUGGUUCGCCAAGUAGGCAAAAUAAAUAAAUAAGUUAAUCAAGAUCGACACUGUCUUGUUGGGACACAUGCCCAGGAAUUGUAAGAUGUGGUUUCUAUGCAAAACUCACAAAGGCCAGAAAUUUGGUAGGGAUUUAUCAAUGUCUCCCUUGCUGUCCCCAUAGUUAGAAUGUCAAGUGUCUAUAAUUUUCUUUCCUUUUUGUUUCGGGGAGAUGGACAAUGUGGCUUAAAAAAAACCCAUUUGAUAAUGUGGUUGUUAUUGUAAAGCCUGGACUUGGAGGACAUUACUUUUGUUAUCUCCUACCUAUGCAUAUCUUUGCCAA